CUGAAUGUUGGCUCUACUGACACACCGAUAACCAUAUGUGUUUGAUUUACAUCCGUGACAGGUGGCGAAUUGUUAUCGUGAGAUAGAAGUGAUGUGUAUGAAACUGCCCCGCGAUGGUGACGAAGUGGAGUAAACUAGCCGGUGUUGGCAUUUUCUUAACAUGGAUGUGUACACUAACAGUCGCUGCUGGCAAAAUGUAUCCCUUGGAUGGGAAAUGGACGUUUGUCUGCCCACAAAUCUAUCUGGCUGUCUUCACCGGCUUUGCUCCAAAAGGCAAUCAAACAGCUGGCACAUAUACGAAGCAAGAAGACAUUCACUCUCUUGACUCCUGUCUAGUUGCCUGCUGUAAUUCUGACACAUGUAAUGUUGUCUUUAUGCACAAUGCAGAGUGUUUUCAUAUUGAGUGUGUGAGCAAUCAGAUGUGUGCUCCAUUGUUCCGUCCUGAGCCACAGUUUGGAAGCCAUGUUCGCAUGGUACUUGUUCAGCCAGUGUCAUCUGAUACCUGGAGUGACAUUGAUGUUUUCCAGAAUGAUAUAGACAUGGAAGCUGCAGAAACACGGUAUGCGGAGCCCGUAGAGCGUAAUUGUGAAGUGGGCAUUAUAUUGGAUUGUCCAGUUAAUGAAGAAUGUUUGCCAGUUGGGAAACAUUCCCGCAAUGGCAUGUGUCAGUGCAUUGAAGGCUUCAGACGAAAUGAGUCAGGUCUUUGUGAACAGUACGGGAAACCCAAGAUUAACAAUACUGCUGUUGUAAAUGAUCUGGAGCAGGUGGCUACUUCUGUCUCUGUUCAUCCUACAAAGGUGUAUUCAGAGGGGUUAAGUGGCGUGGAUGAUAAAACUGUAUCACCCUCCGUUGAAGUAUCUUCAUCCAAGCCACUGAAACAACUUGUUGUCUCUGUAAUAUCAAAGGAAGUACGGUUACCAGAAAAUGAAGUUACAUUAUCAGCUUAUACAGUUCCUGCUGAACAGACAGGAGAACACUACAAAUAUGAAUGGACCCUCCUUUCCCAGCCAGAGGGUGACAGUAGUGGUACAAUGAAUGAUCAGAAUGGAGGGACACUCAAGUUGAGCCAUCUCACUGAGGGGCUGUACAGGUUCAAAGUCAGUGUGUCUUCACCUACAGCCUAUGGCGAGACAUUUGCGAAUGUCAGUGUAUUACCUCCAAAACGAAUAAAUCAACCUCCUGCUGCAGUAAUUACUCCUCCAUCCCAGACUGUGAAGUUGCCUAACACAGGUGCAGUGUUGGAUGGUUCAAUGAGCAAGGAUGAUGACCAAAUCAUUGGCUGGCACUGGGAACUGCAGCAAGGCCCAAUUGGCUACCAACCACACCUUGUAGACACACCUACACUACAACUGGAUAAUCUUGUUCUUCCAGGAAACUACACAUUUAAGUUGACUGUUGAGGACUCUGACCAUGCAAUGAAUUCAACCACAGCAAAUAUAACAGUUUUGAAAGUAACAGAUUAUCCACCAGAGGCAAAUGCUGGUCAGGAUAUAAUAAUCUAUCUCCCACAUAACAACCUCACUCUGAAUGGGAACCUGAGUACUGAUGACCGGGGGAUUGCAAGUUGGGAGUGGACAAAGAGUCCCACUGAUCAAAAUAAGGCUGUGGAUAUGCAGAACACAAGAACACCUUACCUGCAGCUCUCAAACUUAGAAGAAGGAAUGUAUACAUUUGUGCUAAAAGUUACUGACAACUCUGGUCAGUCAUCGUCAGCUGAGGUACAUGUCUUUGUGAAGCCUCCAACCAAUAAACCACCCACAGCAAAUGCUGGUUCUGAUCAGGUGGUUUCUUUGCCUCAGACUUGGGUUACACUAGAUGGAACACAGAGUAACGAUGAUAUUAAAAUUGUAUCCUGGUCAUGGGAGCAAAUUCGUGGUCCAUCAAAGGCAUUGUUCUCAUCACAGAAUUCUUCUUGCACUAAUGCUACUGAGCUUACGAAAGGGGAAUAUGAAUUUCAGCUAACUGUUACAGAUGAAAAUGGCAAUAAAGCCUUGGACUCUGUACAAGUCACUGUAACACAGAAUAAAAAUGCUUCUCCAAAAGCUAAUGGUGGAGGAGACCAAACUGUUAUUCUACCUGUAAGUGUAGUUAUUGUGAAUGGUUCACAGUCAAGUGACGAUCUUGGAAUUGUGAAAUGGAUUUGGACUAGAGAAGACAGUAGCUUAGCCUUAGGCAAAGUCCUUGGAGACUCGGACAAACAUCCAGUUCUUAUGUUGAUUGAUGUUGUUCCUGGACGGUAUGUGUUCCGGUUGAAGGUUGAAGAUGAGCAAGGUGCUUCUGACGAGGACACUGUAUCGAUCAUUGUGAAAGCAGAUCCUCACAUGUUGCACCUGGUAGAACUAACACUUAAUGUUGAGGGCAGAAGAUUGACAGUAGCACAGCAGGUCGCAUUAGAGCGGAAGCUCAGUUUGCUCUUACAUCAAGAGGCAGUUAUUCAUGUACGCGAGCUGCGUGAAGAGGACCAUACAGGGCGAGCAGUGAUCACUUUUUAUGUAGAAGAACAUGGGGCUGCUGUUGAAGGGCCUUCUGUUGUCCAAAGAUUGCGUACCCGCUUGCGCCAAGAUGCAGGUCUUCUAGAGCUCUCUGUUGCUGACAUCCGGACUGCUGUGUGUCAGAAUAACUGUUCAGGACAUGGAGUUUGUGAUCAGACUACUAGACAAUGUCUUUGUGAGGCUUUCUGGAUGCAGAAUCUAAUUAGCCGAUACAUAGGUGAUGGUGAAGCAAACUGCGAUUGGAGUAUCUUGUAUGUGGUGAUAGUGUUGUUUGUGGCAAUGCUAUUGAUUGUGGGUGGUGGCUGGGCCCUGUCAUGCCUAUUCCAGAAAGUUUGUGUUCGACGUCCACGUAAAAGGCAGAAGUACUCUCUCCUGGGCAGCGAUGGAGAAGGUGAUGCCAUGAUCCCAAGGGCUCCUCAUGGGAAGGUCAUGCUGUCAGAAUCAGACUCUGAUUCCGAUGUUCUCUUUGAGAGCCGCAAAUGCAAAAUGAAUGGAGAUUUGAGAAAUGGUCAUGGAAAGAUUCGAAAUGGUUUUAUAAAAGGAGGCCAUCGUGUGAAAACAUGAAAAACAUUCCACUGCAGAUGCAUGGUAUUAUGAAAUGUGUUGACAUUCCUGUAUGAGGCUGCAUUUUAUUACGCAGAUUUCUUCGAAUAAGUAAAUGUUGGCUAUGAAGCAACCCUGAAUUGUGAUUGAUGGCUGGUUAAAUCUACAAAACUUCAGUGACAAUGUCUUGUUUGUAAUUAUUAUUACUUUGCUUAUCGCAAACAAUUUUCGCGUCUGGGUGAAAAUGCAUAUUCUUGAGUACACGGACAAUGUUUGAAUGCAAGCUAUGAAAAAGCAUUUUCUGUUCGUCAUUAUUGAAAGUAAGUUUUUAUUUUAUUGGAGAACAAAUUAUGGCAUUACAAUUGUACACAAUGUAGUGCAUGUUUUUUCAUAAUUUUUUGGCAGACCCAAAAGCAGCUAACGGAGGCAGAAUGUAAGAAUUGCCUCUUCAUGUAAUUUACUGAUAAAAUAUGAUUUUUGACCUGACAACUGUUAUAAAUAAGUCAGUAUACUGAGAACUUGCUAAUUGUGAGAAAGGAGUGUAUGGUAAUGUAAUUUGCCUUACUUUGUUGUAAGUAAUAUGAUCCAAUAUGAACAGUAAUGUUCAAUGUUAUUUUUCUUCAAAAUGUGGCCAUUGUUUGUUAGAAGAAUUAAUUUUUCUAGUUGUGUGUCUGUAUGUAUUCCAAACUAUUUUGUUUUUGUUACACAGUUGUAAAAUGAAGACUAACUGUUUUAAGAAAUGGGAGAAAAUGUACUGCAAUAUAACAUUUAAGUGUGAUUUCGUAGUCCAAGAAGAAGCUAAUUUGUUCUAUAUUGCUUAUAAGUGUAUGUUGUUGUGCCAUUGUUAGUCUCUAAAGUUGCCAUAUUAUGGUAUGAGUGAACAUUUAAAUAUGUUGUGAUAUGAUAUGUGAUACACCUUACAACCCUGUCAUUGUGGUAGCCAAACCUAGAAUUUUAUUGUAUUUUCAUUCACAAGUUAUCUUAAUAAGAAAUUGUGUGUGGCAUUCCUUUUGGCUGACUUUUGAAGAUUACUAGUUCAGAAAAACAGGAGAGCAUUCACCAGAUAUACAUUUUGAAAACAAAUCAUUUGCUUAAUUCAUAGGUUUGCACAGAAGAGCCACACAAAAAUCAAGAAGUGGUUUUAUUUCACUGUUAAUUUAUGACUUGUGAAAAAUAUUGCUUCAUCUUCAGCUGUGUAACAAACAAAUAAGACACACAGGUUUGGUGCUGCCUUUUCUUAAAACAAAGUUCUGCAUGUAGUACAAUAGCAUAAAUUGUGCUACAGAGAGCAUGUAUAUUUAGAUUAAUAUCACACCCAACUGUGAUGAUCUUUGUUCAUUAUAUUAAUAGCUAUUACUACGCACACUAAAAAAUAUUAUUUCGUAUGUCAAAUUUUCAUAUACAUAUUUUUUUUUUUUAAGGUUGACUUUAAGAUCUUAGGAAGCUAUUAUUUUGAUAUUCUGUUGCAUUGUAAUUGUUUCUUGUUUUUACUGUACCAAAAAAAAGAGGAGUUGUCUGAUAUGCAUAGUGUUCAGAACUCAUAUACAAUUGUUUUCUGAUCAUUUUAAGAUACUUAAAUUGUACACUGUCCAAAAAGAUUGGAAUUUCUAUAGUGUGAGAAAUUAAUAAGACUAGUACAAUCAUUUGUGCAGAUAGCAAAAAUAAAGAAAUAAAUAUUUUGUCGGAAUUAAUCACCAGCUGAAAUAUUAACUAGUACUAUCUUCUUCUGUCGCAUAAAAUAUUAUCUUAAUAUUGCAAGAUUUCAUCAUAUUGUUCAGAUGAUUUAUUUGUUAAAAGAUUUUCAAAAUACACAGAUCACAAAGAGAGAGAAAAAAUUCAGUUGUGUGAGCCUGUUAAUAAAACUAGCCCUAUUUUCAUUGGAGGAAAUUAUUAGAGCAUUUUAUGUGUAUUUGAACUUUCACUGUCCAGAAUACUUCCCUGUUUGUAUCUCAUCUUUUGAAAUUGAGUAAGGAGCUGCCAUUCACAAAGUGAAAAAAAAGUUUGUCUUGUACCAUAAUUCAAAAAUGUAGACUGAUAAGGAUGAUGGAAUAUAUAGUGCCCAAAUAUUUGCCACAAGUGACCGUCCAUCACCCAAGAAAUAUGGUGCUUUGCUUGAAACAAUUACAUUAGCAACAACGACAGAUAUAUAACAUCAUGCACAAUGUGCAGUGUGUGUAUAUGACAAUAGUUGAUGUAGUAAACAUGCAUUUAUUAGCUGAUGUCAUUUAGGCAACAGAAAAUGAAACAUAGUGGAUCUUUUUUAUAUAUUUUCUUUUGCAACGAGAUUCCAAGGCACUAAAAUUUUGACUUAUUUAUUGUGUAUUGCACAAAGAGCCUAUAAUAGAAAAGUGCCAUGUGAUAUUUUUCACAGUGGUAAUAGUUGCUGUCAUUUAAUACAAAUUUAUCUCUUUAUUCUUAGUACAUAGUUUUGUAAGAACACCCUGUUUUUCUAGUCAUUUAAUCUACACAGUUUUCAUAUAUUUGUGUAUUGUUUAUAAUUCUAUGAACGAAAAUAUAAUUUUCCUUUAUGUUGUGUGAUAUAUGUUCAUCCGUACCAUGUUUUGCAAAAGUAAAUCCAUCCCUUGUUUACUGCUUAAAGGAAAGGUUUUUGUAAUGUAUAGCUUCAUAUAGGGCAGAGGAAAAAGUUGUCAUCUACUGAGAAGACUCUAUUUCCCCCUUUUUUAUUUCUUUAUCACAACUCAUUCCAUUUCCUGUAACUUUGGAAUUGAUUUUUGAUUAACAAUGUAAGAGACAAUAUUGUCAUUGUUUUGUAUGAAUAAAUUUUUCUUUUUUCAUGUAUUGUAUUGCUAUGAGCAGUAAGGAAUACAAGGCAACCGGCAUCACUAUGAUAAGUUGUAAAAAUAUAUGUUGUUAAAAUAUAGUUUACUUUUAUGUAUUUGUUGUAACGGUUAUUGAUGUUAAGUGAUAUUUGGAUUUCAAGUCUGAAAAGAAAUAUUUUAUACUUCAAACACAUCAUGCACAUACAGUGUUACAAAAUUGUACAACUGGCAUGUAAUUUAGGAACUGAAACUUUAUUUUGGUAAGAUGUAAUUGAAAUAUAUCAUCUUUGUUGCCUGCACAAA